AUGACAGGCGCUUUGAAUCCUAUUCAUCGUGGUCACAUAUCGAUUAUGAUCAAAACAAGAGAACAUUUGGAACGUGUAAAUAAUUUUAAUGUUAUUGCUGGUUAUAUAUCACCGACUCAUGAUGACUAUGUUCGACGCAAAUUAAAAAAUGAACUUAUUCUUGGUCGACAUCGGAUUGAAAUGUGUCGAAGAGCUAUUGACGAAGCGCGUCAACAACAUUGGUUAAGUAUCGAUAAAGCCGAAUGUGUGGCUGCAUUUAAUCGUGCAAAAGAACUAGUUAGUAAUUUGAAUAUAUUACCUUUAUUAAAGAAAUGCAAUGCUUGUGAACUUAAUGGUUUAAGUAGAAAUAUAUUUGAUAGUAUUAGAUUCAACAUUAAUUCGGAUACUUAUUCGGCAACGGAUGCAGAUUCUUCAUCAGAUUCUGAAUCUGAUUAUGAUGAUGAAACAAUGGAAAGUAAUGAAUUUAAUAGUGAUCUAAUCAAUGUAGAUGAAGAAGAUAAAGAUGCGGCAACGACACAAAGUGUUGAUGAAAUUAAAACUGAGAAAAUAAAUUUUACUGUGCGUACUGCACUUAAUAUUGAAGCAAGAACUAUUCACGACGAGCUAAGUACUGUUUUUGGUGAUGAAGCUCCUUCUUAUCGGACAGUUGCAAGAUGGGCUCAAUGGUUUCGUCCAGGUCGAGAAGAAAUUGAAGAUGAAGAACGAUCCAGAAGACCUGUAACUGAGAGUACUCUUGAAAAUAUUGAAGAAAUUCGUAGUAUUGUUAGUGAUGAUCCUCAUGUUACAAUAGCAGAAUUACAAGAGCAUACUGGACUAAGUUAUGGCACCCUUCAUGCAAUAUUAUUUGAUCAUCUGGAACUUGGAAAAAUUACUGCUCGUUACAUACCGAAACAGCUAAUGGAUUAUCAACGGAGUGAACGAGUUCAAAUAUGCAAAGAAAAUCUGUCAAGAUUUGAAGAAGGAAGAUGGCGUUUAUGUGACGUGGUAACAGGUGAUGAAUCGUGGUUUUUCCAUCAGUAA